AUGGAUCUUCAAAGGCAAGAGCCAUGCCCUUCUGAAAACUUGAACAUCAUCACAUUUUCAGAUACUGUGUCAUGCCAAAAAUCUUCCAUAGACACUCAAACAACGAGGAAUCACACACAGAGUGAUGAUCAAAAACACCCACAUGACACAAAUCCUUGUGUUUUACUAGAUCUUGGUCUCUCCAACAAGGAUUCAGGUGAUGAUGACUCAAAGCCAGAACUCAACCUUCUCAAUUGUUUCCAUACGAAUUUCUCUGAGAAUUCAUCAGAAUCUAGUCAGGGAACUGAACUGGAUCCCCGGGUUUUCUCAUGCAACUACUGCCAAAGAAAGUUUUAUAGUUCUCAGGCUCUUGGGGGACACCAGAAUGCACACAAACGUGAAAGAACUUUGGCAAGAAGAGGAUACAAAGCAGGUGCAGCAGAUUUUGGACACACGUACAACAACGUGCCUUUUCUUCCUUCACAUGGCUUGUACAACAGAUCACUUGGAAUUCAGGUUCAUGCUAUGAUUAACAAACCGUCUCAUCAAACACCCUUUUUCGGGUUGUGCCGUACCAAUGGGUGGCAGAGGCAGCCUUUGGAAUCACAACCAGCAAUUGGGAAUUUUCGUGUGGGGGCAGAAACUGAGUCAUCGUUGGCUGAUGGUGUUCCAAAGUUAGGCAAGUUUUCCACAAGGCUGGUGACAGAGGGGUUUGGAGGUUACUGCUUUGGUAGCAUUACUCAUUUGAAGUCCAAACAAGAGAAGUUGCAGAAGCUUGACUUGUCCCUUAAGCUCUAA